UAGACUCAUUCAUACAACAGAAGGAGCUUGGCUGUUCCCGGAGACUUGUUGCUCUUCGCUCAUUUGUACCUGCUCAGUGGUGAAUUUGCAGUCAAGAAAUGGUUUCUAUCACAACUGAAAAUGUUACACAAUUUUACAACAUCAUGGCUAACCAGGAGCUCACAGUCACUCCGGCAAAUUUCCACAAUAAUUCAGGAGUGCAUCAGCUGCAUCGAUAUGAAUGUAUUAAUUCAGAUAUAUGGAACUGGCUACAGGAUUUUCAGCCUGUAUUCCUCUGGUUUAUAUUUACUCUGGGAGCAAUAGAAAAUUCCUUUGUCCUCAUCGUCCUGUGUUUCCACAAGAGUCGCUGCACAGUGGCCGAAAUUUACCUAGCAAACAUGGCUCUUGCUGACCUAAUGUUAGUGUGUGCUCUGCCUUUCUGGGCCAUUAAUAUUUCUAAUGAGUUUCAAUGGCCUUUUGGCUUGUUCCUCUGUAAAGCUGUCAACGUAAUGAGUAACAUGAACUUUUAUUCUAGCAUUUACUUCCUGACACUCGUGAGCAUCGACCGCUAUCUGGCUCUGGUGAAAACCAUGUCUCUUGGACGGAUGCGACGAACUGUCUGUGCCAAAUGGAAUAGCUUUGUAGUCUGGAUGUGUGCGUUGCUCAUAUGUUCGCCUACAAUGGUGUUCCGAAAUUUACGUUACUACAAACAAUACAACAUCACAGCCUGCAGUCUUGUUUAUCCAGCCAGCUACUGGGAGCCUGCAAACAACUGCUUGCUGAAUAUCAUGGGCUUUGUGAUCCCAGUCUGUGUAAUUACCUAUUGCACUGUGCAAAUCAUCAAAGCCUUACGAAGUAGUGAGCUACAAAACCUGAAGUUAGUCCAGACAGAAAGGAGAGCCACCAUGCUGGUCCUUGCUGUGCUCUUGCUGUUCAUCAUUUGCUGGCUUCCAUUCCAGAUCAGCACGUUCAUUGACACAAUCCGUUACUUCACACCCACUUUCAAAUGCCUGGAAGAAAUCAAUGACGUACUGACCCAGCUAGCUACGUACUGUGCCUUUAGCAAUAGCUGCCUGAACCCAGUCCUGUAUGUAAUUGUUGGGAAGCACUUCCAGAAGAAGGCUGUGGAAUUCUACAAGGACUUGUUCCCAAAGAGGUGCAGAAAAUCACAGUCUGUGCAGAUGGAAAACUCCCUGGACACUUUAAGAACUUCUAUUUCAAGUGAAUACCCAAGGAAAAAAUCUGUUUUUCCACUGCCACGAUAGGAUAGCACAAUUUGUUCAUUACAAGAAAAAAGCCUUUUAACAUAUCAGUCUCCACUAAUAUCCAUCUGCUACUGGUCCACAGAAUAAAUGUGUGGUAGCAUUCAUCAUCUGUGGGAAACCAACGAUUUGAUGUUAAUGGAAACUCCAUAGAGAGACCUGCUUCUAAUGUUAUUGGGCAUUUUUCAUUAUUGAAUCCUACUUUGUAGCGUAGUUACAUUUUCAUGGCUGAAUAAUAUUUGAUGCAUGCAUCAUUUGAAAUGUUUGCAUUUCUAAGGUGUACAUACAUGUACAUACAGAUCUCUGAAUAGAGCUCCAGCAUAGAAGCUAUUGUCAAGAUUGUGCAACUACUUAUGGUACCCAUACAGUUUGUUAGACUAGAUUUUUGGUAGGAGGAGCUUGUAUUUGAAUAAGUUCUAGUAAAUAAAUCCUGUAGGACUAUUAUUCAAAUGGAUUUUUUGGUGUGGCUAUCUCCUGGGCUUUUACUUUAUGUUCAGUCAUGCAAAACUAUUUUGAUUAUUUGAUUGACAAGCUGUGCCUUCUUGCAACUGCUCUGCCUCUGCUAGUUACAGGUUUACAUCAGCUUGUAUUUGAGGAAAGUAGCUCAAAAAGGGUAUAGCAUGAGCAGAAGGAAGGCUGCAGCCAUCUGUGUGAAGUUAGCUGAGUUUUCUUUGUAGCAGGAGGUUUUUUACCUCUUCUGUAUUGGGGUAAAAGCAUUCACUUCCUCCUUUUGAGUGAGCGAAUGUUAUUUACAUUCCUACCUACACUUCAGCUCAGAGACUUAGUUUUUAAUAUUCACAAAGCAUAAUAAAUAUUUGUAAUGUUAUUUAAUGGAAACAUGAAAGUUCAGCACAACUGGUAUGAUCUUACAAGUAGAAAAAACCGAGAAUAUGAAGGAGAGCAUCCCCUAACUGCCUUAGAAAUCUAACUGAAGCUAAUAGGAGUCUCGAAAGCUCAGAGUAUUCAAGAAUGGCGGUUUUAGACUCUAAUAACACCUACAUUUUAUUUGUAGAGUUAAUCUGAGUGAUUUUAAUACAAGAUAGCUUUUCCCCAAUUGGACUGGAUUUAUGAUCUAAGUUGAGUUUACACAGAAGAUAAACUCAUAGUGUAUUGAAUUGUCAGUAUGCACUUUUACCUCUAGAACUCUUGAUCAAAAACUGUGUUGGAAAUGAUAUAAAAUCUUCUGAAACUAACAGAGCCUUUGCCCUUUUAAAAGCACUUAAGGUUACAGCCUUAAAACCACCAAGGGAAAUGGAGUUUGGUGACAUAAGUAAACUCAGACUGCUACUGCGUGGUCUUUAUUCAUCAGAGCUUGAAUGGAGCAAUAAGGUGCCCUUUAAAAUGGGAAAUUUGUAUUAAACCUUCAAAUAAUUAAACCCAAAAAUACUCUAGAAGUGUGCAGAUGUUCUAUUAAAAUGAUAGGAUUUAGAUCACUGUAGAUGAUUUAUAGAUAGUUUCCAUAGAUUUUCUUUAAUAGUCUAGUAUAAUCCUAUGUCAUAAAUACUUCUAUUGCUCAUUCUUUAAAUUGUCCAAGAUACCUAUGAUGAAACACUGCAAGGCUUUCUGUUAUUUCCAGUGUUAUCAAUACUGUCUCGUUCACAAGCAUGCUGUUCAUGCAGCCGUUGAAUAAAAGGAACUCCAUACAGAGGUUAUUGAGGCAAUGGAAGAGAUUUUUGAGUAUUUGGUACUGAGAAAUAAAAUAUUAAAAUGUUAUUAUAUUAAUAUGACAUUAAUUUAAAUCAUGUAAAUAUAUAGACACUAUUUUGCUAUGCAGUAAGCGUGUACAAGAGAAAAUAAACUACUUUAAGAAAUGAGAUUUGCUGGCAUUUUCUUCUCUAGCUCGUAUGCUGUUACGCAGGAAUGACUUCUGACAAGUGCAACUGCUGCAGGUACUUUCUUUCACUUCCCAUUGUAGCAAAGUGAGAUGAAAGCACAGAAUUUUGGCUACUUUCAAAGCUUUGGGUCAGCUUUCUUUUCAGCGUCCAUUUGUGAGUGGUGCUGACCACCCCCAGUCCCUUGGGAAGUUAAAGUCUGAAUUAAGGCAGCUAAGGAUACUGAAAUCUUUCCAGCAGCGCUCCUCUGCCUGCUCAUAGCUCAAGGUCCCAUGAAAUAGCAGACAUUACUUUUCUUCGUGAGGACCUGGGGUGCACAAGAGCCUAUAGGUGCAGUUUGCACCUCUGACUAAAGCCUUUACUCUUCUCAAAGCACACAGACACCGGCAGCAAUGGAAACCCAUGCACCAGCCUCUGCAGACCGCAGAACGCACAGUGGUGGUUCACAGACUGUUUAAUUCACAUUCCUGCCACUUUCCAGCACGAUCACAUGUUGUGCAGUAUUGGUGUGUGCCGUUUAUGCAGGUAACAAAAACCCCCAAGAAAUAAAGUGCAAUGUCCCAACCUACAUCUUUUCUGCUGGCAGUUUAGAGUCACACUCAGAUGCCCAGGUCUGUCCCGCUCUCACGGAAACAAGGCAAUGAAACAGUCCGCUGGAGGUGGCUGGGGGCCAUUGCCAGAGGGACAGCAAGGGUAUCAACAGCCAGUUGAUAUUCCUGCAGUAGGUACAGGCAGCAAUAAUUCUCAUCUUUUCACUGUCUGGUUUUUCAAGUUGAUUAUUGGCUUCACUUGAAAUGCAAAAUUAACAAAUGCUCUUAGCACAAAUGCUGUUAGCUUGCUGUGGACAGAACAAGGUUGCUCUUUUUUAGGCAGGGUUUCUGUGGAGAAGACAGGAUCUCGGUUCAGGUGUCCCCAGUCCCCAAGCAGUACUUUAGCCUUUGAACCAUCCUUUCACUCUGUUCUUCCAUCAGUACACUGUGGGUUUCCAGCCUGUACUGACUCCUUCCACACUUUGCUGUUUCAGCCUCUGUUAACCGUAGUUAGCAGAGCUUUAUUAUUACUGCACUGUGAUGCAACCAGGAUCACUUAUUAGGAAGUGUAAAUCACUGCACCGAGUUUAAGCUCUGCUUAGCAACAACUGUCUAUAGUAUAUGUAAAGAAAUCCAGCCAAGCUGAACAAAGAAUUUUACAUCACAGGGUCGCAUCAGAAAACUUUUCUCCUGUUCCAAAGCAGAUGAACAGUUAUAGCCCAUAACUAUGUUGAUUUGCAAACCAUUUCAAUAAAGAAAAUCAAACUUUAAAUCAUACUGUUCCGAAAAGAUAAUUUGUUCAGAUCAUUAAAGGCUCCAGCUAUGUUAAGAGGAGGAUUUUUAAUGGCCGAGUCAGAAAGCUGGAAACCUUUUGGAUUUCUGCCAUUUGUCUGCCACGUAAUGUGUGUAAUAAUUGAGCAAACAGUCUUACCUCUGCCUUCAUCAACAUAUUUGUUUAAUCUUUCUGAUCAGAGAGGUCCAGUUAGCAUUUGUCAAUUCCUAUGCAGCUCUAGAGAGUGUGUACUUUUUGCAGGAAAGUCAACAUAGACAGAGUGGCUGAAGAUCACAUAAGCUUAAAACAUAAACUAAUGUGCUGCGAGUAUCCCGAGUUGAAGGCACUACGAGACAGAUAUAAAUAGUCCACUGCGCAGACCCAGGGCGCUGAGCGAGAGACUAACAGCAGUUCAGCAGAAAAGGAUCCAUAGAUUAAAAGUUGACCAUAACCCAGGAGCGCCAUGCUGUUUCCACCUUGAAGAUGUAUGUGACAGCAGUCUCGUUGCUGGCAGUUUCAGCUGCUGAUUUUCGGUGUGGACAGCCAUUCAAGGCGCCUACUUUCAUUUAUCCUCCAUCACCCGGGAUACUUUCAGACCCACUGAGAGGAGCCUCAUGCACGCUCUGGACAGGAGCACCCUCCCACAGGAGUAAUCAGGUCACUUCUUUCAAACCGGCUUGUGAACAGAGUUUUGCUGCCAGAAAUGUUGGGGGGUGGGGGGAGGAAUAUGGGAAAGAAAAGGUGACCCCUUUGCUUCCCUGAAGACCGGGCUUUGCUGGAUUAGUAGCAGCCCCUGAAGCUGCUCUGCCUCUGUGGUUCAGCUGGACACUUCUGCUCGAACCUAGCCAGGUUUCUUCUGCUCAACCUCUUUGAAGGAUCUUCUCUGUCUCCACUGGGUCUACAGACAUGGAAAUGAAUUCUGCGUUUAAGUCUGUUUCUGCAGCAGCACUUACCAAGCUGCACACACAGUACUGCGUCGUAUCCCAAAGCACCCCAGCGUAC